UGGAGCCCCCUUGUGGACAAGAAGGACCCAGAGCCCCCCCACAUUAAAGAGGAACAGGAGGAACCGUGGACCAAUCAGGAUGGACAUCAGCUUCAAGGACUGGAGGAGGCUGAUAUCAAGUUCACAUUGACUCCUGUCGCUGUGAAGAUUGAAGAAGAUGAAGAGAAACUUAAAUCGUCAAAGCUUCAUCCGAGUGAGACAAUGGAGAACAGAGCGGACUGUGGAGGACCAGAACCAGCCAGGAACUCAGGUCCUGAUGGACGUUUACAACCAGGUCCUGAGGAGAAGACUGAAGACUCUUCUGAGACUGAAGAGAGUGAGGAUGAUUGGAUGGAGACCAGGGAAACUCAGACAGGUUUAAAUACAAGAAAUAACAAACAGCCUCUAAGUGAUAGGGGAUGUAAGACAGAAAAAAAAUCGUUUAGCUGCUCUGAGUGUGGUAAAAGAUGUAUCCAUAGGGGAGAUCUAAAUAGACAUAUGAGGAUUCAUACAGGAGAGAAACUGUUCAGCUGCUCUGAGUGUGGUAAAAGAUUUAUCCAUAGGGGCAGUCUAAAUAAACAUAUGAGGAUUCAUACAGGAGAGAAACCGUUCAGCUGCUCUGAGUGUGGUAAAAGAUUUACCGAAAGGGACAAACUAAAUAGACAUAUGCGGAUUCAUACAGGAGAGAAGCCGUUCAGUUGCACUGAGUGUGGUAAAAGAUUUACCCAAAGGGGCAAUCUAAAUACACAUAUGAGGAUUCAUACGGGAGAGAAACUGUUUAGUUGCUCUGAGUGUGGUAACAGAUUUAGCGAAAGGAGCAGUCUAAUUACACAUAUGAGGAUUCAUAAAGGAGAGAAGCCGUUCAGUUGCUCUGAGUGUGGUGAAAGUUUUACCCAAAGGGGCAAUCUAAAUACACAUAUGAGGAUUCAUGCAGGUGAGAAACCGUUUUGUUGCUCUGAGUGUGGUGAAAGAUUUACCCAAAGGGGCAGUCUGAAUAGACAUAUGAGGACUCAUACAGGUGAGAAACCGUUUUGUUGCCUUGAUUGUGGUAAAAGAUUUACCCAAAGGGGCAGUCUAAAUACACAUAUGAGGCGUCAUACAGUAGAGAAGCUGUUAAGUUGAUCUGAGUGUGGUAAAAGAUUAAAGAUUCAGUCCUAUUGUACGAGACGUGAGGAUUCAUAAAGGAGAGAAGUGACUACGUUGCAACCUUUGCAACAAAAGAGUUAUAAGGGUUUAUCAGCAGAUAUUCAUAUUAUACAUAUUCAUAGUUCACUGUUUUAAAUAGACUUAACAGUUUUUAUAUCCCUAGAAAAUACAACUCAUUGAAUAACACAAAAGAUUUGUGUUUAUAUAUCUUGUUUCUACUCUUUUCUUUUUUUACAUAAUUUAUCUUUUUUUCAUAAUGUCAAUGUCGUUUAAGGUUAAAGUGUGUUCCUUGCACAGUAUGAAUGUGUCUUUCAAACUAGUUCAUAUGAUUAAAUACGUUUGUUUAAAUCAAUGGUUUCUUGGUUGGUGAGAUUCAAUGACAGUGUGUGUUCUCCUUUAUGUAUUGAAUGUGUUUCCAAGAAUAAAAGUCCAAUAAAAAGAUAAUGCUCUUUGUUUCUGUACGAA